GGGAAGUGAUAAGUGAUGAGCAUGGCAUUGACCCAGCCGGAGGCUAUGUCGGUGACUCAGCGCUGCAGCUGGAAAGGAUCAAUGUCUACUAUAAUGAAUCAUCUUCCCAGAAAUUCGUACCAAGAGCAGUCUUGGUGGACUUGGAGCCAGGAACCAUGGAUAGUGUGCGCUCCGGUCCUUUCGGUCAGCUCUUUCGGCCUGAUAAUUUCAUCUUUGGACAAACUGGUGCAGGAAACAACUGGGCUAAAGGACACUACACAGAAGGGGCAGAGUUGGUUGACUCUGUACUUGAUGUAGUAAGAAAAGAAUGUGAACACUGUGAUUGCUUGCAAGGAUUUCAGCUCACUCAUUCCCUGGGAGGAGGGACGGGGUCUGGCAUGGGAACCCUACUCAUCAGCAAGAUACGAGAGGAAUAUCCAGACAGGAUAAUGAAUACCUUUAGUGUCAUGCCCUCUCCGAAGGUUUCUGAUACAGUGGUGGAGCCCUAUAACGCUACACUUUCGGUUCACCAACUGGUUGAAAACACAGAUGAAACCUACUGCAUUGACAACGAAGCUUUGUAUGACAUUUGCUUCCGCACUCUGAAGCUCACCACUCCGACCUACGGUGAUUUGAACCACUUGGUUUCUGCUACCAUGAGUGGGGUAACUACCUCCCUGCGUUUUCCAGGCCAGCUGAACGCCGACCUCCGGAAGCUGGCAGUAAACAUGGUCCCCUUCCCACGCCUUCACUUUUUCAUGCCAGGCUUCGCUCCUUUGACAGCCCGAGGCAGCCAACAGUACCGAGCACUCAGUGUUCCAGAGCUCACCCAGCAGAUGUUUGAUGCCAAAAAUAUGAUGGCAGCCUGUGACCCAAGGCACGGCCGAUAUCUGACAGUGGCCACUGUCUUCCGUGGUCCCAUGUCCAUGAAGGAGGUUGAUGAGCAGAUGUUGGCCAUCCAGAACAAGAAUAGCAGUUACUUUGUGGAGUGGAUCCCAAACAACGUCAAGGUGGCAGUGUGUGACAUACCUCCCCGUGGCCUUAAGAUGGCUUCCACAUUCAUUGGCAACAGCACUGCCAUUCAAGAGCUCUUCAAAAGGAUCUCGGAGCAGUUUUCAGCCAUGUUCAGGAGAAAGGCUUUCCUCCACUGGUUCACAGGAGAGGGAAUGGAUGAAAUGGAAUUCAGAGAAGCAGAAAGCAACAUGAAUGACCUGGUUUCAGAGUAUCAGCAAUAUCAAGAAGCAACAGCAAAUGAUGGAGAGGAAGCAUUUGAAGAUGAUGAAGAAGAAAUCAAUGAAUAAAAAAAUUAAGUCCACAGUGUUUUCCAGGCCAAAUUCUCAAAUCUAAACUUCUGAUAAUUAGGCUUAUAAAUCCAUAUUUAGGUUUAAAAAAAAGCAUGACUUUCAAUGUUAGAAGUGCUCGUCAGAGUCCACUGAGAUCACUGAGAACAUUUAGUGUUUCUGGAAAUCAGGCCAUUUCUAAUCAUGAGGAAAAUCU